AUGUCGGACAUGAAGGCUACCGUAGCCAAAAGCCGCGAUGGCUUCCACGUGGAGGGCUACGAAAAGAUUGAGUAUGACUUCGUCUUCAUCGACAACGUCUUCGACCCCUCUCGGAGCGACCUUGCCGAUUGCUACAAGCCGUGGAAACGAUGCUUAGCCGUCAUGGACGCCAAUAUCUUUGAUGUCUACGGCGAAGACAUGCAGCGUUACUUCGACCACCACGACAUCCAGCUCGACGUGCACAAGACGAUGAUUGGGGAAAAGGCAAAGAGCAUUGAUACCUAUCUUAGCAUUGUGGACUCGAUGACGCAAUUCGGCAUCUACCGGAAGGAACCAGUGCUGGUCAUUGGAGGCGGGCUUGUCACCGAUAUUGCGGGCUUCGCCUGUGCGAGUUACCGCCGCAACACUCCCUACAUUCGAAUUCCGACGACCGUCAUCGGACUCAUCGACGCCUCGGUGAGCAUCAAGGUGGCCGUCAAUUACGGCAACUACAAGAACCGACUAGGAGCCUACCACGCACCUACAAGGACCUUCCUCGAUUUCGGCUUCCUUCGAACCCUUCCAGUAGCCCAGACUCGCAACGGCUUCGCCGAGCUCAUCAAGAUCUCGAGCUGUGCGGACCUCGCGACCUUCGAUUUGCUCGACCAGUACUGCGAGGAGCUCAUCUCCACCGGCUUUGGGCGCAAGGAUGGAGCGUCAAAAGAAGUGAGAAUGGCUGCCGACGCCAUCAACGAAAGCAGCAUUUAUGAGAUGCUGAAGUUGGAAACACCGAACCUCCACGAGAUUGGACUCGAUCGAGUGAUUGCGUAUGGACAUACUUGGUCUCCCCUGCACGAACUCAUUCCGGAGCCGGCUCUUCGACAUGGCGCGGCGAUUUCAGUUGACAUGGCCUACAGCGCCACUCUUGCCAACACGCUGGGCCUGCUUGGCGACGCCGAGCAUAUGAGACUCCUCAGAUUGUUCUCGAAAGCCGGUCUUCCAAUUGACCACCCUCAAUUCGAUGAAGACGUGCUUGAUCGAGGUACCAAGGCCAUCCUGCGGACGCGAGACGGAUCGCUGCGCCUAGCCGUCCCGAGUCCCUUGGGAUCAUGCAAUUUCAUCAACGAUUUUUCCUACGAUCAACUCUUUGAUGCUCUAAAGAAGCACAAGCAGCUCGCCCAGGACUUUCCACGACAAGGUGCGGGGCUUGAGUCCUACGUUGAUGCAAGUGACACGGGUUACACCUUCAAUGGGCAGACUCCAGACAUCAAGAAAUCGACUCCUAAUGGCGCGAAGAAGAUCAACGUUCUGAACGACGAUGCCAAAGCUGUCAACGGGGUCAACGGACACGCAUCUAAUGGUGUUAACGGACAUGCGACCAAUGGUAUCAACGGACACGCAUCUAAGGGUGUCAAUGGACAUGCUCCUAACGGUGUCAACGGCGUCAACGGCAGCGUCAAGAAGGCCGAGAAAUUCGCCGCGGGCAUCGAGGAAGAUGCGUUUCUCAGCAAUGGUAAUGGACAUAUUGGUAGAUAA